ACACAGCGAGUGAACACUGUCGUACUACCUCGUAACUAGCCGCGACGCGACUGCAACUUAACAAAAAUGACCAAUAACAGGACAUUAUUGAGUAGUCACUAGUAAUAAUAGACAGAGUUGUUUCAAUGGAACAGAAUGGCAAGAUGUCUGACGAGGAUGCGAGGGACGAGGAUGAGUCGCCUGCAAAGCAGCUUCGCACAAUGAGGGGGAUUUGUAAAAAUAAAUUGAUAGUCGAUAACAUGGAGUCAAAUACAGCCGGUGGGAGUACAGCUGACGACGGACAAACCUCCGAAACUACCGCCAGACCAAGACAUGACUCGCUGAGAAGGAACAGACCGCCCUUCCCCUGGUUUGGGAUGGAUAUUGGUGGCACGCUGGUAAAGUUGGUGUACUUCGAGCCCAAGGACAUAACGGCAGCGGAGGAGCAGGAGGAGGUGGAGAACCUGAAGAGCAUCCGCCGCUACCUCACCUCCAACACGGCCUACGGCAAGACCGGGGUCCGGGACGUCCACCUGGAGCUGGCGGAGCUGUCGCUGUGCGGCCGUACGGGGAGCCUCCACUUCAUCCGCUUCCCCACGCUGGACCUGCCCGCCUUCCUGCAGAUGGUCCGCAACAAGCACUUCUCCAGCCUGCACACCGCCCUCUGUGCCACGGGCGGGGGGGCCUACAAGUUUGAGUCUGACUUCCGCACGAUGGCCGAUCUGCAGCUUCGCAAGCUGGAUGAGCUGGACUGUCUGGUUCGGGGGGUGCUGUACAUCGACUCGGCCGUGUCCCGAGGCCCUUCCGAGUGCUACUACUAUGAGAACCCUACGGACCCAGAGCGCUGUGCCCAGAGACCCUACGCCCUGGAGAACCCCUACCCCCUGCUGCUGGUCAACAUAGGCUCAGGGGUCAGCAUCCUGGCCGUCUACUCAGAGAACAACUACAAACGCGUCACGGGGACCAGCCUGGGGGGAGGGACGUUCCUGGGGCUGUGCUGCUUGCUGACAGGCUGCUCCAGCUUUGAGGAGGCCCUGCACAUGGCCUCCCAGGGGGAGAGCACGCGUGUGGACAAGCUGGUCCGGGACAUCUACGGGGGCGACUACGAGAGGUUCGGCCUCCCUGGCUUUGCCGUGGCCUCCAGUUUUGGCAACAUGAUGUCUAAAGACAAACGGGAGUCUGUCUCCAAGGAGGAUCUGGCCCGAGCGACCUUGGUGACCAUCACCAACAACAUUGGCUCCAUCACCAGGAUGUGUGCUUUAAACGAGAACAUUGAGAGGGUGGUGUUUGUUGGGAACUUCCUGAGGGUGAACACCCUGUCUAUGAAGCUCCUGGCCUACGCCAUGGACUACUGGUCCAAAGGCCAGCUAAAGGCUUUGUUCCUCAGGCACGAGGGUUACUUCGGAGCAGUUGGAGCUCUUCUGGAACUUCUGAACCCUUCAUGAAUGUUCUGGAAGGUCGACUGUCCAGAGGACCACUGAAGCACUGAUGACUAUGCUCUGAAUCAGUCACACACUGUGAAUGUCAUGCACAGCUGUACUGUAGGAGAGUCAAACAAGUCUGCACAUUUUUAGAAAUGCAUAUUUUUCUUUAUCUUCAAGAUGUCUCACCAGUGUGUCCUUAAAUGCUGUAUUUCUUAAAGAUUUAAUACUAUACACAGGUCAGAGAACUGAGUAUUUAGAGGACUGGUCAAGGUCUCCAAAUCGGUUUCAAGGAGCUUUAAAUUCAAACUGCUGUCCAUACUGAUGAGAGCAGAUCUGAUGCUUUUGAGCAUUAUACCAGUAUUGUUCUUUUGAAAACUCAUUUCUUUAUAUCCAUGACCUUUACAUUUACCAAACUGUUGAUGUUUUAUGAAUUUAUUAUGUUUUGUGUUGAGGAUAUCCAUUGUUCAUGAGUGGUAAAUGUCCAUUUUGUUUGUGUAGCGUAUAUGUAAGGUAUUCAGAAAUGCUGCAGUCAUCAGAACGUGGUUUGGGAGGUUCAGUUCAAAGGAAUAUCGUAUACAUGUGUAUCUAUAUCAUCAUCCAUCCUUUAAAAACCCUUUUGCAUGUCAGGCUCAUUCUAAAUUCUGUGAACCUCUACUCCAUUUGGGUUUAACACAGUCUCUGUUUGUUCCAUGGUUUUACUUAUCAUAAUUGUCUUAUUGGAAUUCAAUAGGGAGCAUGCAAUACAAAACACCUACACAUUUAUAAUUUUGUUUAAUUGUCAGAUUGAAAACCGAAGUUGGUUAUACAGAACUGUGAGGUCGUACAUUUGUGUUUUGAUGCAAGCGAGUCUUAUUUAGAGUCGGUGUGAACUUCCGGGUUCUGUCUUUUGUCUGUCUGUUGGUAGCAGAGUUGAAAGCCACUGAUCCGUUCUUAAGGCAAGACAAAGUGCCUGUAAUGAUUUACAGCGUAGGUGACAAUCAAGAGAUGCUUCUGACGGCAUAUUUCUUAGGCCUACUUCAGAGUGCCCUCUGGUGGGCUGGUAUGUGUAGAGCAAGACAUAAUGUACUUUUGUCACAAUGUUUUUAAUUGAUUUUGUAUUGGUAAUAAAUUAUUUUGAUAAUCCA